AAAAACCAUGCAAGAGGAUGGUGCUCUAUUACCAUGGCAUCAUUUUCAAUGGCACAAAUGUAGCAAAUGCCACAUCUGCCAAAGCUUCAAAUGAAACUCAACUGACUCACAAAUUUGGGAUGCUGGUCGUGUUCGACGAUCCCAUCACGAAAGAUCACCAUCUUCUUUCUCCCCCAGUCGCCCGAGCUCAAGGCUUCUAUUUCUAUGACAUGAAGACUACUUAUAAUGCUUGUUCUCCUACACUUUGA